AGGGGUGAAGCCGCUUUCUGCAGCAAAGAGUGCAGAGAUAAGCGGAUUAGAGAAGAUAGAAAGAAGGAGAAGAAGGAGAGGAAGGAACGGAAGAGGCGUUCUUUGGCAGCCAUGAAGAAUGCAAACCCUUUACCACCCAUUAAAGCCUUUGAACUUUCUACUUAGAACAAAAACUUCCAUAUAUUUCUCUUCUCUAUUACAAACAAUUGAACCAUUCCUCCUAUAGAGGCAAGAUGCAUACAAGCUCUCUUCAUGGGCAUUGUAUUCCUUAUUCCUUUAUUCUUAAAUAUAUAGCACUAUGAAUUACUUUAUUUCAUGCUACAGGGAAUUGUUUCAAACUGAAUAAUUGUUCAUAUGAUAAGUAAAAGGAAGUCUUCUCAAAUGUAUUUUCCUUUCUUUUUUCCUCCUAAAAUCUUAAGAUAGUUUAUUCAAUGAGUGAAGAAACUUUUGUUGUAAUUAUAA